UAUGAGUUGGCACUCAAUCCCGAUAUUCAGGACCUGUUGGUGGCGGAGACCAAAGAGGCGUUCAAUGAAAACACGGCAGACAUAGACUACGAAACCCUUUGCCGACUCCCACUCCUCGACGCCGUUAUAUCGGAAACCCUUCGCAAACACACAACAAAUGUUAGACUCGAUAGAGAAGCAAUGGAAGACGUGGUGCUAAGCCGUGGAAGCGAUGGAUCAGUGAUUAAGAUUGAAAAGGGAAUGAUAUUAGAGAUCCCGGUGUAUGCCAUACAUUACAAUCCCGAUUAUUUUCCCGACCCGUUUGCCUUCAAACCCGACCGAUUUUUGCCCGAAAAUCGCCAUCACAUCAAACCCUAUACAUACCUACCGUUCGGCACCGGACCCCGUAAUUGCAUUGGUAUGCGCUUUGCCAUUCUCCAGAUGAAAUUAACCCUGACCAACAUAAUGCAACAUUUCAAGUUUUACCGUGUUCCCAACACCAAUGUGCCCAUUCAAUACACUGCGGCUCGCAAUCUCUUAUUGGAUAUAAGAUUCAGAAUCAAUAGUGAAUCUGAUAUUAGGGAUGAUCACGGUGUUGACUACCAUGAUUACAGUGAUGAGCGCGCAUUCUUCGUGGUAGACGUGGCCGACAUUAUCGACAAACACACGCAAUGGACUCAACGCUUACCCCGCGUUCAGCCCUAUUACGCGGUCAAAUGCAACCCGAGUCCGAUCGUGUUGGAAAUACUGGCCGGACUCGGCUGCGGCUUUGACUGCGCCUCCCGGGGAGAGUUGGAUCAGGUGCUGGCGCUCGGACUCACCCGACCCGAGCGCAUUAUUUACGCCAACACGUGUAAGCCCGGAUCGUAUAUAUCGCACGCCCGAGCGCUCGGCAUACGUCAUAUGACAUUUGACAAUAGCGAGGAGCUAGUUAAAAUGUCGCGUCUGCACCCGGAUGCUUUGUUGGUAAUCCGGAUUAAGGUUAAUGAUAAAUUGUCCAGGGUACCCCUAAGUGACAAGUUUGGCGCACAUAUCUACCAGAUACCCGAGUUGUUGGCAACGGCUAAACAGCUAGGUCUGAGUGUUAUCGGGUGCAGUUUUCACGCUGGCAGCGAUUGCCAAAGCGCCCAGGCUUAUCAUCAGGCUAUUUCUGAUGCCCGCUUAGUGUUUGAUAUGGGUAGCGAACAUGGCUACGACAUGACCUACCUUGAUAUAGGCGGUGGAUUUCCCGGGUCUCCCAUCUCUGGUGUUUGUAUCCAUGAGAUGACUGAUGCAGUAAAUGUGGCACUGGAUAAACAUUUUCCCGCCACAGAUUCACGCUAUAAUCAUGAUAAUUUUACCAUCAUUGCAGAAUUAGGUAGAUAUUAUGUCGCGUCGGCGUUUACCCUGGUGACAAACAUAAUUGCCAAACGCUGGGCGCCGGUAGUAAACGACAGCCAACACAAGCCGGAAAUGCAAUACUACCUAAACGAUGGAAACGCCGGCUCUUUACGCGGCGUCCAAAGCAAACCGCAGCCCCUCAUGUCGUUGCCGGGCCGACCCGUAUACCCGUCCACAUUAUUUGGGCCAACCUGUUCCAGUUAUGACUGUAUUCGGCGAGGAGUGCCACUCACCGAGAUGUUUGUGGGCGAGUGGUUGUAUUUUAAGCAUACGGGCGCCUAUAGCCUGUGCUUUCGGACUGAGUUUAAUGGAUUCCCUGCGCCCACGUUCGAGUAUAUGGUUAGUUCCCGAGCGCUAGAAAUUCUACAGCGAAUGUCUAAUUGGCGUAGAAUUUCUACCAUAAUUAAUGAUAACAUGCAUUAUGUGUAUAACGGGUUACUAUGGGUUGACGGCCAGCAAAUUGAUGAGAAACCAGAUGAACAACAUAUGGAGGGUAACAAUGAAUUCACACCAUAA